AUGUUCUCUCGUGCUGUUCGUCCGGCCGUGAGGGCCGGCAGUGCUGCUGUGACCCGCGCUGCGCCUCCCAAUGCCGCCAACUUCGCGACCCUGCGUGAAAUCGAGGGCCGUCUCAAGUCCAUCAAGAACAUCGAAAAGAUCACCAACACCAUGAAGGUCAUUGCCUCGACCCGUCUCACCCGCGCCCAGAAGGCCAUGGGUGACUCCCGGAACUACGGUCAGACCUCCAACACCGUCUUCGAGCAGGCCGAGACCAAGCCUCUUGACGACAAGAAGACUCUGCUCGUCGUCGCCAGCUCCGACAAGGGUCUUUGCGGUGGUAUCCACUCCGGUCUGAGCAAGGCCACCCGCCGUGUUCUCCAGGAGUACCCUAACUCCGACAUCGUUAUUCUCGGCGACAAGGCCAAGGCCCAGCUGUCCCGUACCAACGCCAACAACCUGGUUCUCAGCUUCGCCAACGUCUGCAAGGACAUCCCUACCUUCGCUGAUGCCCAGGCCGUUGCCGACCAGAUUGCUCUGCUGCCCACCGACUACGCCAGCGUUAAGAUCAUCUACAACAAGUUCGUUAACGCUCAGAGCUACGAGCCCACUACCAUCGAGGCUUUCUCCGAGGAGGCCAUCACCAACUCCGCCAACAUCUCUGCUUUUGAGGUUGACGACCAGGCUCUGACCAACCUCCGCGAAUACUCCCUCGCCAACAACCUCUUCUGGGCUAUGGCCGAGGGCCACGCUUGUGAGAUUUCGAACGCUUCCAAGAACGCCGGAGAGAUGAUCAACAAGUUCCAGAUUCUGUACAACCGUCAGCGUCAAGCCGCCAUUACCGGUGAACUGGUUGAGAUUAUCACUGGUGCCACCGCCAGUGCGGACAUGUAA